CCUGUACUACCGCAAUAACUCUUUUUUGAAUCGCUAUGAAGGUUUUAGUAAUUUCGUUAUUGUUGCUUGUGAUUGUCAAUCUGAGUACUUCUCAAGAAUUAGUACAAAAUAAACCUGGUCGAUGUGAUAUAUUCGUUAGGUGUUCAUCUGUGGAGGAACCAGUAUGGACAACAACGGACAAUAAAUCCUGUAAAGUUUAUCGAAAUGGAUGUUAUUUAAUGACAGCUAAUUGUAACCGUAUUGGUACCAACCAACCAGAAGCCCGAGAUAUUGGAAAAGAGAAAUGUCAAAAGCUGUGUAAAUCAUCUUGUGUAAACCACAAUAAUGUCAAACCCAUUUGUGGCUCCUACAAUGAUCAAAAACGCAAUUUCAGAAGUCAAUGUGAAAUGGAUAAUUUAAAUUGUGCCACUGGAAAAACUUUUAGUCUCUUCAGGGAAGGACCGUGCCCACUGUAAAUCGUGUUCGUAUCUACAUUUAUAUAAAAAUAUUUCAAACAAGAUUGAAUAUAAAUUGUAAUGUUCGUUAGCAUUGAAAUAAAUUACGCAUAUUUGUCUUUUUGAA